AUGUUUGUUGUAGGGCGAUUGGAGUUUUUGUUGAUACAGGAGGAGUUUCUGACCAAUGAGCAGAAGCAUUUGCGUAAGGAGUUUAUUCGUGCGUCGCGUGAGAUAAAGCGUAUCCAGAGUGUGCCGUUAGUGAUAGGUCAAUUUCUGGAGUUGAUAGAUGCAGGUCACGCAAUCGUGAGUAGUGCGGGUGGUAGUAACUACUAUGUGCGAUUAUUAUCAACGAUUGACAAGGAGUUGUUGACGACGUCGGCUUCAGUGGCAUUACACCGUCAUUCGCAUUCGGUAGUGAACGUGUUGCCGCUGGAGAGUGAUAGUAGUGUGCACAUGUUGGCUAUUCAGGAGAAGCCUGACGUGUCAUACGCGGAGGUGGGAGGUUUGGAUGUGCAGAAGCAGGAGAUUCGGGAAGCGGUGGAGUUGCCCCUAACUUGUCCGGAGUUGUACGACCAAAUUGGAAUUGACGCCCCGACAGGAGUUCUGCUAUACGGUCCGCCGGGGUGUGGCAAGACGAUGUUGGCCAAAGCUGUGGCGCAUCAUACGACGGCUUCCUUCAUCCGUGUCGUAGGGUCCGAGUUUGUGCAAAAAUACUUAGGUGAAGGCCCGCGAUUGGUCAGGGAUGUGUUUCGAUUGGCUAAACAACACUCACCUUCAAUCGUAUUUAUCGACGAAGUAGACGCAAUUGCCACCAAGCGUUUCGAUGCACAAACCGGUGCUGAUCGUGAAGUUCAACGCAUCUUACUAGAGCUACUUAACCAAAUGGAUGGCUUCGAAAAGAACACCAGCGUAAAGGUCAUCAUGGCAACCAACCGUGUUGACACACUCGAUCCCGCUCUCCUCCGCCCCGGCCGUCUUGACCGCAAAAUCGAAUUCCCGCUACCCGACCGAAGACAACGCCGUCUCAUCUUCCAGUCGUGCACAGCUAAAAUGAACCUCAGUCCCGAAGUAGACCUCGAGGACUUCGUCAACAGACCCGGCAAAAUCAGCGCUGCAGACAUAGCAGCCAUUUGCCAAGAAGCCGGCAUGCAAGCCGUACGCAAAAACCGCUACGUCGUACUCACACGCGACUUCGAGCAAGGCUGGGAAGUACACGUCAAAGAACACGACGCUGGCUUCACCUUCUACUCCUUCUAA